AUGAGCUUCCAUGGAAGAAAUAGUUCUGUAAUUUCAGAAUGCAUUCAUUAUGAAAAACCUACUCAAGAAGCAAUGGAUUAUACAGUAUUAACUCAUAGUGUUGAUCAAUCACUAUUCUUACGCAAUAAUUUCGAUUUAUCACUUGAUAUUUAUCCAAUCAUUACAUACAACAAUUUCUAUUUAUAUCUAAUACUUCUACAAGAGGAUAUUUCGAAUAUUAUUUAUGCUCCAUUCUUUGGAAUUGAAAAUUUUACUCAUUACAUUCUUAAUAAUUAUGAAUACAAAAGCCUUAGAAAUGAAGAUGGAAAAACUAUACUUCAUUUUGCAAUUUACUCAAGGAACAUCAAUAUUUUAAAAAUGCUGUUGAAUGAUGGAAUAGAUAUUAUGAUUUUAGAUAAAGACAACAAAACAGCUCUUCAUUAUGCAGCUAUGCAUGAUAACAUAGAAAUGUGCUCUAUUUUUAUUGACAAAGGUCUAGAUAUCAAUGCAAAAGAUAAAUAUAAUCAAACUCCUCUUCAGAUCGCACUAUCAGAAAAGAACUUUAAUAUUGCAUUGUAUCUCUUAAAUCAUGGAGCAGAUUUUAACAUAGAAAAUGAUCAUGGAAAGAAUCCUCUUCAUUAUGCUUCAGAGAAUAACUGUAUUGAAAUAAUAGAAUUCUUAUUUAAUCAUGGAUUCAAUCUUAACCAAUCGAAUUACUUUGGUAAAACAGCAAUUGACUACGCAAGACAAAAUAACUGCAAAGAAGCAUUAGAGUUUCUUGAGUCAAAAGUUAAUUUGACAAAUAAUUAA